AUGCAUGUUAAACGUAAAUGCAUGGGAAAAAAGAAGCGCCAUAGUGGUAAAGGCUUAGUCAACAAAAUCAUCAACAGUCUACCAGUUGAAUUACAUAUACCUGGCUAUCAAUACUGUGGACCCGCUUGCAAAGAGCACGAUAUUGCGUACUUGAAGAAUCGGGAAAACCUAGAACAUAGAGGGGCGGCUGACAGGAUACCUGCCGACAAAGCUUGGAAACCUGUAUUCGCGAAGGACGCGAGCAUCGGUGAGAAGGCAGCUGCCUGGUCUGUAGCGAAUAUAAUGAACGCUAAAUCAAAACUCGGAAUGGGUAUCACGAAAAAGAAGAAAAAGCCUAAGAAGAAGAUAACGCUGAGAAAAGUUAUCGAAGCAGCCAAACGAUCGAUGACACAAAGCAACGAUGCACAGGCAGUAAUUCAGUCUGUUCUUAAGGGUGCGCAAACAGUUGUCAAUCAGGCUGGUGGAAAGAAGAAUAUACGUGCACCACGUGUUCUACCCGUACCAUCCAAAGUUGGAGGUUUACUGCCGUUUCUCGUACCUAUGUUUGCGGGUCUGAGCGCUGCUGGAGUGUUAGCAGGAGGCAAAGGACUGUACUUGAAACCCUACAAGAAGGGACUGGGCAUUCAUCUAAAGCCAAAAAACUUGAAGUGA